CACAGCUGCACAACAUGGCGGACGUUUGACAGCUUCUAAAUAUUUUGUUAGAUAUCUUUUUGUUAAUUUGGGACUAUGGAUGAGGAGGCACGAGCUGAUUCUUCUGGAGCGACUGUAACAGUGCGUCUCAUAAGGUCCUUUGAAUACAGGAAUAUCAAAUAUGUCGUAUUUAAAGAUGUGUCAUUGGAACAAACAGCCAAAGAUUUCAUGGACUUUGUCGUUUCGGGUAAGUCUUUAUCCUCAAAAAUAUCUGAUAGGACCGGUAUGAAUGAAGGGUUUUCGUCUCAGAAUAUACUCCAGGGUCUCAUUUUAGAAACAAGCCCACACAAGAUAGCAUAAUGCGUAAGCUUUCUCCUUAGAGUACACACGAAUAUGUAGAAAUUAUGAAUUUUAAAAAAAUUAAAAAUUGCUCUUUUCUUGGAGUAUUUUUCAAAGAGAAGUUACAAAAUGGGGUGUAAAUUUUGAUGAUGAUGAUGCUACCUUACUACUUUCUUGGAAAAUGUGGUGUGGUAAUAACUUUUGCAAAGACAAGAGCAGGUACCUUCCUAUGCGAUAGAAGAUUUGUACAUGAGAUUUGUAAAGCAAUGCAGGAGAGUGCCUUCUGUUUGUUUUUUUUUGCUACUUAAUUCAGACACAUGCAACUAAGAGUCAGUGAAUUGGAAGAAUCAUUGCAAGUUUGCUAAAUUUGACCUGAAAUCUUGCUCCAAAUAUUUAACACUUUAACUCCCAAGAUCUCAUUUAGUAAUUCUCCUUACUGUCUGCCAAACAGUUCUUGUAAUGUUAGUUUGGAGAAUUUGGUAUUGGAUCAACUUAUAAUCCCCUGACUGAUAUUUUUCUUUAUUCUCAUCACUUGUCUGCUUGUUAUUGUAUUGAUAUUGAAAGGAGAAAUUCUGUCUUGGUCACUUGUGGGAGUUAAAGGGUUAAGAAUAACUUUACUAAGUGGACAUUCUGAUCUCAAGGAGGAAUUGUGCCCCUAAAAUUGUUGUGACACAUAUAGGAAUCAAGGGGCAAACCUGAGAAAGAAAUUCCUUGUGUUUUUAGUCUUUUUUUUAUGUUCUCAGAAUUGCCUGUAGUAAUUAGAAAUCAUGCUUGUUCCAACAGAUAUAAAGAAAAGAUCUGAUGUACCCCUUCCAUUCAGGACCUUUGCAUAUGGUCUGUUGCUCUGAUAAUAAUUGUUCUUUUAAUGGGACAGGUCAUUGAUUCACUGGGUAAAAUAACAUCUUGUGACCUUCAGUAAAGAAGUUCUCAUUUAUUUUCAGUUGAGACUGAACACAGUCACUUUUAUUUUAUUCUUAACUCCCAGAUCAAAAUUGUCACCCUCAACCAUACAACCAUAUAAUCCUUACAGUGUUAGUUCAGAGAAUUUAGUAUUGGAUCCACUAAUUAUCCCCAAAUUGAUAUUUUUUGUUAUUCUCAUCACUUAUCUGGUUGAUAUUGUAUUGAUAUUGUAAAGAGAACUUCUGUCUUGGUCACUCAUGGGAGUUAAAGGGUGAAAGGCCAAUUGUGUAUAACCCAAUUACAAUAAAGGUCCUUACAUGGGACCAAACCUCAAAACAGAAAGACCAUUAGUUUCUAUGUACAAAGAUGUAAUUCACUGAAAAUUCACCUCUAAGCCUCCAUUUCACUAAAAUGUUCAUGAAUCCUUGACACUUCCUCAUUGUUCUCACCAGGAUUUGGUCUUGGUGUUACAUCUGCUCCUUGAAAGCAAAGCUGGAAGGUAAAUUUUUUUAUUCCAAUAUAAACAUGCACAAGACCUAAUACCGUUACUGGUGCAUUUUAGUUUUUUUAUGUCUGAUAGGUUUUUUGCUUUAAACCUUUAACUCCUAUGAGUGACCAAGACAGAAUUUCUCCUUACAAUAUUAAUAAAAUAUCAACCAGAUAAAUAAUGAAAAAUAUCAAUUUGGGGAUAAUUAGUUGAUCCAAUUCUUAAUUCUCUGAGCUAACAUUAUAAGAAUUGUAUGGUUGAAAGUAAGGAGAAUUACAAAUUUGAUCUGGGAGUUAAAGGGUUAACACAAUAACCUUGAUAAUUUUGUUAUUCUUACUCAGUUUUCUGAGUUUCAAUGUAAUUUUACAACAUCCAAACUUGCAUCUUUGUCACCCAAAUAAUAUGCUGGUAUCCAAAAACAUUUUCAGUCUGGAAACAUUUAUGUUUUUGGCUCUGCCCAUCUCAAGGAUAGAGAGGUUUUGAUGAAUUGUUUGGUAAUUGUUGUCUUCAAAGAAAACAACACAAUUUGGAAUCAUCACACACACUCUCACAAAAUCUACCCUUUGGACUUUAUUUUGAAGUGGAGGGUUCAGACUCUACCCUAACCUCAACCUGGGAAGUGAGGGGAGUGGGGGAGAGGAGGGUAAAAUGAAACAUCUUCACAAGAAAGAAAAAAUUAAAUUUACAAUUGUUCAACUGAUUAUUUUGACCAUUCUAUCGGUGUAUCUGUCAAUGAAAUAUCUAAUUACUAAUACCAAGUUGUUUUUAAUCCUCUUUCAACAAUGUUAACAGACACAAUGAAAAUUCAGCAUAAAGCACAUGGUGCCAAAGUAAGUCAACUCUUGUGAUGUGUGUCCCAAUUAGACAAUAGUUAAGUGGAUAACUUCAUAUGUAGAGAGCAAAGAUGAGUUUAUCAACCCCUUUUAAUCAACAAGUUACUUCUCCCUAUAAAUAGAGGAUAUUACAUGGCCACACAGGGAUACAAAUUUUAUCUUCGAGUGCUGAAAGUAUCUCAUGUUAGUAACCAUGGCGACUCCAAUAUCCUCACAUGUUAAAGAUAAAAAUAGUAUCUUCACUGUGUGCAAUGAAGAUAUGAUUUUUUAGUAAAAGGAAAAAUCCUGGUAUUUCAUCAGUAACUAUUUAACAAAUAGAUUCCAAGUUGCCGUGUGUCUAUUCAGUAAUAGAUCACAAAUGAUGUCAAAAUGUGGUAAGAACACCGAGUGUGUCACUGAAUAAAGAAUUAAAAAAAGUUUUAAUGAUGACGUCAUCUAUAUGUCUGUCCUCCAAUAGAUCAUAAGUGAGAACCAAUCAGAAUGCAUGCAUAACUGAGCUUAUUAUAUAAAUAAUAGUAGAAGUUGUCAACUUGAUCUGACACCAAAUUCUGGUAACUAAUUUACAAGGAAAUGUGCAGCAGCUAGAUGGGAGAAUUAACAAUCAGAUCUUUAAGAUCGGAGUUAAGUGGUGAUUAACACAAAUUUAUUUUAAUAGACAAGCGAUCCAGUGAUAAACACAGAAAAUGAUGAGAUGCUUAUGCUUAGACAGGAUUGCAGUCUUUCCAAGAAUGGAAUUGGUGAGUUCCCCACAAUAUUUUCGCUUAAACCUGGUUUCCAUAGCAUCAGCAAUGUUGGGUAACAAGUUGAGUGAAGUCUCCCUGGACUCCCCUCCCAGUAAAAAAUUGGUGAAACUGCUGCACUGACUUAGUUCUGAGCAUUAACCCCUUUACACCCUAACAUCAGUAUGCAUAUUCUCCAUACUGUUGUCUAUACAUUUCCUUAAGUGCUGAUAAGGAGAAUUUGUUAAACAAUCAAGAGGUCCUUUAGCUGAUGAUCAUUCUCUCUAUUCUUGUGACCUAACUGUUUGAUUCAGGGGUGAUAAUGUAAGGAGAAACUGAAUGCUGGUCACUCUUAGGGGUCCAAGGCCUGGAUUAAGAAACCAUAAACCUGUUGUGAAAUAAUUAAAUGUUCAACAUAACCUUAGCAGAAAUUUUUUUUUUCGGUUAAUUGUAUCCAUUUAAAAAUGAACAUCCUCUACUUACUUUUGUUCAUAACCAUAAAAUCUUCUUAUUUCCUAACAGGACAUGAAACAGAAAUAUCUUUCUUCAAGAAAGAAGAUUAUGAGAGAUACAAAGCUAACCCAGUGCUGAAAUGGUAG